CUCGAAUUCGUAUCUGCUUCUUCUUCUUCGAUUCUCGAUUUGAGAUCUUCUUCUGCAGAUUCCGUCAGAUCGGUUUAGCUUAAACGCUGAUUGUUGUUCUUCCUCACUUGCCUUCUCUCGCUUCUUCAAUCUAGAUCUUAUAUCGUUCGAUUCUCCCAGGAUUGCGUCAGUUUUCGAGUUACACAGAGUAGUAAAACCAAUUUUUCGAUCGAACUGUCUCGUUUAGGUUGAUCGGUGUGAUGAGUAGACCCUAAUUUUCGAUCGUAAUCUCUAUUUCGAGAUGUUUGUCAGAUCUCUGGAGCCUGUGUGCUGUUUAUGCAGAUUCUCUAGGGUUUUCAUUCCUGAAAUUCGUUUUUAAUCAACGAUUAUCACAGAAACGUAACUUUAUACAUCAUCGAUUACUAUAAACAGCAUCCUACUGAAGCUGAACAGAUUCUAUUGCUUAGAUUGUGUUUCCAGCAACCUGUUUAUACAAUUUCGUGUUUGCAUUUCAACAAUUUGCAGCAGUUAGAAUCAGAAUCUGUAUUGGUAGUGCCUCUUUGACUGGUGAUUUCAACGAGUUUAGUUCUUAGUCCAUAGUUUUUCAAACGCUUGAGGUUGGAUUCUGGCUCGUGGUGUAGAUAUAUUGAAUAAUGGAACUCAAAGUCACGAAGACUAUGAAGUAAGUAAAGUUUCGUUUACAUGUUGCAGGUGCCUAGCAGCUUGAGAUUCUUGUCUUUGAGGUUGAAAUGAGGUGCAACGCCUGUUGGAGGGAACUGGAAGGCCGAGCCAUUUCCACCACAUGUGGCCACUUAUUAUGUACUGAAGAUGCUAGCAAGAUUCUCAGUAAUGAUGGGGCGUGUCCCGUUUGUGAUCAAGUACUCUCCAAGAGUCUGAUGAAGCCUGUGGAUACCAAUCCAAAUGAAGAAUGGGUCAAUAUGGCGAUGGCUGGGAUUUCUCCACAAAUACUGAUGAAGAGUGCAUACCGAAGUAUUAUGUUUUACGUUUCUCAAAGGGACUUAGAGAUGCAGUGCAAGAUGAAUAGAGUUGUUGCGCAGUGUCGUCAGAAAUGUGAGGGUGUGCAAGCAAUGUUAAGCGAGAAAAUGGAGAAGGCGCAUGCAGCAUACCAGAAGAUGAGCAAGAGGUGUCAGAUGAUGGAGCAAGAGGUAGAAAACCUGACCAAGGAUAAACAAGAGCUUCAAGAGAAGUUCUCCGAGAAAUCAAGACAGAAGAGGAAGCUUGAUGAGAUGUAUGACCAGCUACGAAGUGAGUAUGAGUCAGUCAAACGCACAGCCAUUCAACCAGCAAAUAACUUCUAUCCACGACACCAGGAACCUGACUUUUUCUCAAACGCACCAGUCAAUAUGAUGGAGAACAGAGAGCCCACUCGCAGAGACCGGUCGUUUUUCUCUCCUGCAACACCAGGACCUAGAGAUGAGAUAUGGCCAGCAAGACAGAACAGUGCAAACUCGGGUCCAUUCGACAUCUCCAACGACUCACCCGCAAUUCCAUCUGAUCUUGGAAACAGAAGAGCAGGAGGAGGACAUCCUCUAUUUGGUGGUGGUUCAGGAGGAGGAAAUGCUGUAUUUGGUGGUGGUGGCAAUGCUAAUCCGCAGUCGACUCUACGAAACCUUAUUCUCUCCCCUAUUAAACGCUCUCAGCUCUCUCGUUCUCGCCCGCAACUGUUCACGCUAUAGCUUAAGGAUCAAGUUCAAGUGUUUGAACCUGCCUUGGUGGAAGUGGAAACCAUAAUGGUCACACCCAGUAAGUGACUCUUCGUUACUGUCUUAGCAAGUAACAUCUGAGAGGAAAACGUAGGAUUUGAGAAAAAGAAAAGCUCUCGUCUCUAUAAAUAUUAAAUAAGAAUGAUAAAAUCAUAUUUUAGUAGAAUCAAUAUAGUGAAACUACCUACAAGGAUGUAAGAUGACGAGCAAACAUAAAAAGACAUUUUAAUAUAAAAAAAACAGUUAUAGAUAA